GUAAUGGAAUUAGAAGAAUAUAUUAAAUUAUUAGGUGGUGAUAAAAUUAUUAAUAAAAUUUUAAUUGCAAAUAACGGUAUAGCAGCAGUUAAAGCAAUUAGAUCAGUCAGAAAAUGGGCAUAUUCAAAUUUUGGUAAUGAAAGGAUAAUAAAAUUUGUGGUUAUGGCAACACCAGAGGAUAUGAAAGCCAAUGCGGAAUAUAUUAGAAUGGCUGAUCAGAUACUACAGGUACCAGGUGGCAGUAAUAACAAUAAUUAUGCCAACGUAGAUAUUAUCGUAGAUUUUGCCGAAAGAGCACAAGUACAAGCAGUUUGGGCCGGUUGGGGUCAUGCUUCAGAAAAUCCAAGGUUACCUGACCUCCUAAGUAAAACUAAAACUGGUAUUGUAUUUAUUGGUCCACCAGCAAACGCUAUGCAAGAUUUAGGUGAUAAAAUUGCAAGUACAAUCGUUGCCCAAUCUGCACGUGUAGCAUGUGUACCAUGGAGUGGCAGUGGAUUAACAGUAGAUUAUUCAAAGUCUGGUGAAAUUCCACAAGAUAUUUAUAGAAAAGCCUGUGUCACAUCGGUCGAAGAAUGCAAAGCAGUUGCAGAACGUGUUGGUUUCCCUGCAAUGAUUAAAGCCUCUGAAGGUGGUGGUGGUAAAGGUAUUCGUAAAGUUUUAUCGAUGGAGGAUUUACCAAGCUCAUUUAGACAAGUUCAAAGUGAGGUACCGGGUUCUCCAAUUUUCUUUAUGAAAUUAGUACCAAAUGCUAGACACUUGGAAGUUCAAAUUGUUGCCGAUCGUCAUGGUGAGGCUAUUUCUUUAAAUGGUCGUGAUUGUUCCGUACAAAGAAGACAUCAAAAAAUUAUUGAAGAAGGUCCUGCUAUUGCACCAACUCCUCAAGUUUGGGAAGAAAUGGAAAAAGCUGCUGUACGUUUAGUUAAAGAAGUUGGUUAUGUUGGUGCUGGUACAGUCGAAUAUUUAUUUGCUGAUAAUCAAUAUUUCUUUUUAGAAUUAAAUCCACGUUUACAAGUUGAACAUCCAGUAACUGAAGAAAUUACAGGUGUAAAUUUACCAGCAACACAAUUACAAAUUGCAAUGGGUAUUCCAUUACAUAGAAUUCCAGAUAUUAGAAAAUUAUAUAAACAAAAUGAUUUGUUUGGUGAUAAUAAAAUUGAUUUAGAAAAUUUUGAAAAUAGAUUAAAACCAAAAGGACAUUGUAUUGCAGUUAGAAUUACAGGUGAAAAUCCAGAUGAAGGAUUUAAACCAACAUCAGGACAAAUUCACGAAUUAACAUUUAGAAGUACACCAAACAUUUGGGGUUAUUUUAGUGUCGGUGCAAAAGGUGGCAUUCAUGAAUAUGCAGACAGUCAAUUUGGGCAUAUUUUUGCAAGUGGUACAACAAGAGAAGAGGCAAGAAAGACAAUUAUUUUGGGUUUAAAAGAAAUUUCAAUUAGAGGUGAUAUUAGAACUCCAGUAGAAUAUAUUAUUCAUCUCUUAGAAACCGAGGCUUUUAAAAAUAAUGAAAUUCAUACUGGUUGGUUAGAUGUUUUAAUUAGUGAAAAAAUUCAAACAAAGAAGCCAAAUACUGAUGUAGUUGUUUUAUGUGGUGCACUUUAUAAGGCUUCAACUAUUUUCCAAACUAGAGUUCAGGAAUUUACUAAUCAAGUUACUUUUGGCCAAUUACCAAGUCUAGAAUUAUUACAAAAUAUUGUACCAGUCGAAUUAAUUUAUAACAAUAUUAAAUAUCAAUUUGAUGUUUCAAGAACUGGCCCAAAUAGUUUCUCUGUUCAUUUGAAGAAUGAUCGUUCCGUUAUUAUCGAUUCCACUAUCAUUUCAUUAUCUGACAGUGGUUUAUUGAUUUUAUUGGAUGGUGUAACCCAUGUUUGCUAUGGUCGUGAAGAUGUCACUGGUUUAUCUUUAAUUAUCGAUUCAAAGACUUGUGUUUUUAGUGAAGAGUAUGAUCCAUCUAUUCUUCGUACCUCAUCACCAGGCAAAUUGGUACGUUAUUUAGUCGAUGACGGUUCAUUGGUUACAAAAGGUACUCCAUUUGCAGAAAUUGAAGUUAUGAAAAUGUACAUGCCACUUUUAGUACCAGAAAAAGGUACAAUUAGAUUUGUUUUAUCUGAGGGUUCAGUUAUGCCUCCAGGUGCAAUCAUUGCAAAUCUUGAUCUUCAAGAUACAACAUCAAUUCAAAAAUCAACAAUUUAUCAAGGUUCAUUAACCAAAAUGUCACCACCAACUUUGAUUGGUGAAAAACCACAUCAAGUUUUAGCAUCCACUUUAUCAAACUUUAAAAAUGUAUUUUGCGGUUAUGAAUCCAAUAAUUUGGUUCAAUUAGUCGAUGAUACAUUUAAACAAUUAAUCAAUCCAGAAUUACCAAUUUAUGAAUUUAAAGAAGCACUUUCAAAUAUUCAAUCAAGAAUUCCUCAACCACUUGUCGCUUUAAUUAAUCAAGAAUUAGACCAACCAGUUGAAACUUUUAAUUCAAAACAUUUACAAUUAUCAAUCUCAUUGUUUUUAAAUAAAUUGUUGUUAGAAAAUGAACAAUCAUCCAUUGCCACUUCAAACAAUGUUAAACCAAUUAAAGAUUUAACAGAUAAAUAUUUUGACGGUGUCAAAUAUGCAUCAAUAAAUAUCAUCAAAUCAUUUUUAGAAGAGUUUAUUCAAGUUGAGAUCAGUUUACAAAAUAAAAACAUUCAAACUGUUUUGAAAUCAGUUAGAUCAUCAUACAAAGAUAAUGUUUCAAAAGUAGUUGAUAUUGCCCAAUCAUUACAUCCACAAUCUAAAAAAUAUAAAUUAAUUUUAAUAAUUUUAGAUAAAAUUCUAUCAGAAGGCUUGGUUGGUGAAUUUAUCGAUCAAUUAAAGAAAUUAUCGGUAUUGGGUGGUCAAUCAAUGGAAAUCUCAUUAAAAUCUAAACAUAUUAUGGUUCGUGCUCAAUUACCAUCAAAUAAACAAAGAUCAAAUGAUUUGAAAGAAUCUUUAGUUUCAAUUUUAAAUAGUACCACAGACUCACUUAACGAAGAUCCAAACGAAGAUCGUGAUAAGAAAAUUUCAAUUUUAUCAAAACAAACCAACGAAAUUAGCGAUAUUUUAAUUCCAUUUUUCAAUAAUCAACCAGAUGAUAUUCGUCGUUUAGCAAUGGAGGUUUAUGUUCGUCAUAGUUAUCGUUCCUAUUAUGUUGAAGAUACCAAAGUUACACUUUCAAAUGAAAACGAAUUAUUCUCAUUCAUAGAAUGGCACUUUUAUAUUAGCCUUCCAUCUUCAUCCUCCAGUCCAACCUAUGGCUCACCAUUAGUCCGUUCAAGUGGUGGUGGUUUCCCAUCUCCAAGACCAUCAGCAAUUUUUAAUGGUUUAUCAAUGUUAAGAACUGACUCUACAGAUAGUUUAACUGCUAUGGAGGAUGUUUCAAAACGUCGUUAUGGUAUGAUGGUUUAUUUUGAAGAUGAAAAGAAAUUUGAAGAAAAAUUACCAUUUAUUUUAAAGAGAUAUAAUGAAGAAAAUAAAUCUAAACAAUUAAACCUUGGUCAACAACAACAAGAAGAAUCAACUGAUAUCCUUAGCGUAAUUUUAUCAUGUUAUCCAGAUUCAAUCUCACAAGAAAAUCAAGCAAUCAAUUCAUUCACAAUGAUUUUAAAAAAUUAUAUUAAAGAUUUAUCAAAUGCUCGUAUUCGUAGAAUUACAUUUAUUUGUUCAAGUGAAGGCAAACCAUUAAAAUACUUUACAUUCAGAGAAAGACAUCUUUAUAACGAAGAUCCAAUCUUUAGACAUAUAGAGCCAGCCAUGGCUUAUCAUUUAGAAGUUAGAAAAUUAAGUAAUUUCGAUAUCACUCACGUACCAACUCAAAGUCAAAGAAUUCAUCUCUAUUAUGCUCAAGAAAAAGGUAAAAGAGAAACUGACCCAGAUGCCGAUCGUUGUUUCUUUGUACGUUCAGUCAUUCGUUAUAGUGAUCUCUAUGGCCAUUCAAAUGAAAUUAAAGUCGAUAUUUUAUUAUCUCAAAUCGAAACUUUACUUUCCGAAUCCAUAGAAGCAUUAGAAAUGGCAGUUUCAAAUAAAAAAUAUGAAAAAGCUCAAAAUCAUAGAAUCUUUUUAAAUAUUAUGCCAGAGGUUAUGUUUGAUGAAAAAAUGAUUGGUUAUGUUGUUCAAGAGAUUGGUGAUCGUUUAGGUAAAAAAUUAUGGAAACUUAGAGUUGGUGGUGUUGAAGUUAGAGGCCGUAUUAGAAAGGAAAAUAAUUUAAUUCCAGUUCGUUUCUUUAUUCAAAAUCCAACAGGUUAUGCUUUUCAAGUUCAAUGUUACUAUGAACAACAAAAUUCAAUUGGUCAAACUGUUUUCGCUGUUGUACCAGGUAGUGCAAGAGGUAUUUGGGAAGGUUUACCAAUCGAUACACCAUAUCCAAUUAUGGAUGCUGUUCAAAGAAAUCGUUUCAAAGCUCAACGUCUUGAUACAACUUAUGUUUACGAUUAUCCAGAUCUCUUUAGAGAAGCUUUACAAAAUAUUUGGAUGGAAUAUAUGGAAAUUAAUAAAGAAAACCCAGUUAAAGUUUAUCCAUCAAGCCGUGGUGUUUUAGAGUGUGUUGAAUUAAUACUUUCACCAGGAGCAUUUACAGACUAUCCACCAUCAGUUCCAAUUGAUCAAAUUCCAGAUAGUGAUGAAUCAAAACCAAAACUCGAAGAGACAUACAGACCAGUUGGUUAUAAUGAUAUUGGUAUGGUAGCUUGGAGAAUGACUUUUUACACACCAGAAUAUCCUUUAGGUAGACAAGCCAUCGUUAUUGCAAAUGAUAUCACCCAUCAAAUUGGUUCAUUUGGUCCACAAGAAGAUUUAUUAUUCAAAUUGGCAUCCGAAUUGGCAAGAAAAGAGAAAAUCCCAAGAAUUUAUUUAUCCUCAAACUCUGGUGCUCGUAUUGGUUUAGCUGAUGAAAUUAAAAAUCGUUUCAAAGUUGCUUGGAAUAAUGAAAAUGAUCCAACCAAAGGUAUUAAACAUUUAUAUCUUUGUGACUCUGAUUAUCAACAAUAUUCAAACUCUGUUAAAGCCUAUCAAGAUCCAAAUGACUCUGAAAAAUGGAUUAUUACCGAUAUUAUUGGUCAAAAGAAUGGUAUUGGUGUCGAAAAUUUAAGUUGGUCUGGUUUAAUUGCUGGUGAAACAUCACAAGCCUACAAUGAAAUCUUUACUAUUACUUUGGUAUCAGGUCGUUCUGUUGGUAUUGGUGCCUAUCUUGUAAGAUUAGGUCAAAGAACCAUUCAAAAUGAUGCUCCUAUUAUUUUAACUGGUGCCUCUGCUCUUAAUAAAGUUUUAGGUAAAGAAGUUUACGAAUCAAAUCAACAAUUGGGUGGCUCACAAAUUAUGUAUCCAAAUGGUGUCUCUCAUAUCGUAGUAAAUGAUGAACUUCGUGGUAUUACAAAUAUUCUUCAAUGGUUAUCAUUUGUUCCAAAGAAUGUCGGUGAAUUGGUUCCAAUUAUCUCAUCUAUAGACCCACCUGAAAGAGAUAUCGACUUUGAUCCAUCAAAAGCAAUCAAUGGUAAAUGUGAUACCCGUCAUUUAAUCUCUGGCUUCUACUCUGAGUUGGACUCUACACAAUGGAUCUCUGGUAUGUUUGACAAAGAUAGCUUUAUGGAGACUCUUGGUGGUUGGGCCAAUACUGUCAUCACUGGUCGUGCUAGAUUAGGUGGUAUCCCUGUUGGUAUUAUCGCAGUCGAAACCAAAUCUGUCGAAAAGAUUAUUCCUGCUGACCCAGCAAACCCAUUAUCAACUGAACAAGUUACAACUCAAGCUGGUCAAGUUUGGUAUCCAGACAGUUCUUUCAAAACUGCCCAAGCUAUCGCAGAUUUCAACAAUGGUGAACAACUUCCAUUAAUGAUCAUUGCAAAUUGGAGAGGUUUUAGCGGUGGUAUGAGAGAUAUGUUUGAUGAAAUCUUAAAAUUCGGUUCAAUGAUUGUUGACAAUCUUAGAAACUAUCGUCAACCUGUAAUGGUUUAUAUCCCACCAUGUGGAGAACUUCGUGGUGGAGCAUGGGUAGUCUUGGACAGUACCAUUAAUUUAGAUAUGAUGGAAAUGUAUUCAGCCGAAGAAGGUAGAGGUGGUGUUUUAGAACCUAAUGGUAUCGUAGAAAUCAAAUAUAGAGAUCCAGAACUUAUUAAAACUAUGCAUCGUCUCGAUUCUAAACUUAUCGAAUGGGACAAACAAAUUCCAAUUGGUGUCAGCUUAAAUGGUUUAGACCAACAACAAAAAUCAAUUAAAUUACAAAUCCAACAAAGAGAAAAGGAACUUUUAGGUCUCUAUCAACAAAUUGCAAUCAAAUUUGCUGAUUUCCAUGAUACUCCAGGUAGAAUGAAAGCUAAAGGUGUUAUUCAUCAAGUUGUACCUUGGAAAUUUGCUCGUAAAUUCUUUUACAAUCGUUUAAAGAGAAGAUUAUUAGAAGAACAACAAUUAAACUCUAUCUCCAAAUCAAAUCCAAAAUUAAAUCGUCAACAAAGAUUAAAUUUAUUAGAAAAUUGGUUAAAAGAAAUUUAUAUUCAACAAAAAGAUCAACAUAAUUUAUCUGAAAAUCAAAAAUUAAAUCAAUUUAUUUCUCCACCAUCUUUUGAUUAUAAAAAUGAUGAUAAGGUUAUAUCAUCAAUUAUCGAAUCAUCCCUCUCAUUAUUAUCAGAUAAAACCAAUAAUCUUUCUAAAAACCAUAUUGAAAAUCAAUUUUUAGAAAUUAUUCAAUCAAAUUCAGAAAUUUUAAUUGAUAAUUUUAAAAAUAUAAUUCCUUUAAUUUCAAAUCAACAAAAGAAUCAUUUAAUUAAUUUAUUAUCAAAUAAUUUAAAUAAUAAUAACUAAAUAAAUUUAUUAUUAAUAAAUAAAAUAUAUUUAAUUUAUAAUAAAAUUAUAAAAAAUAUAUAUAAAAAUUUAUAUAUAU